GAAAAAGCAGCGCUGCUCUGCUGUUGUUGUCCACUGUUGACAGCUGACAGCACACAUUUUCAGUGUUGCAAGGCGACCAGCAGCCCUCUUUGCCGGUGCUGCACAACGAUAGAGUCAGGCAAAGAACGUACAAGACACGUAAACGUCACCAAAAAAUUAGUUGCAAACAAAUUACAUUUAUUAAUAAUUAAAUACAGUAUGUGUUACUAAAAGACGCGUCCAGUUUUGUUCCACGCAAAACAAGACCCGUGGCUGUGUGUAUGUGUGCGGUAGAAAGGUCGGGUCGGAAAACAUAUGCAUGAGAACGCAAGGCAAGGAGAGAGGAGCGCUGCCCACGAAUUUGAGAAUUUUUUUCGGCGGAAGCCAGCUAUCUGCUAUUGACGAAUAAUUAAGAAAGGCCUGGGCACAAUGUCACUGCCUGGCAAUGGCAUCUAUGUGGUGCGCGGGGAAAUGGCCACCUUGAUGACGGCCAUGCGACGUGGAACGCGAUGGAAUGCCACAGCCUACGUGGACGAUGAGAAGGACUCGUUGUUGAAGCUGUUUAUUGACCUCAAGCAGGACUUAAAUCGGAUUGUGGAUCUGCGUCUGAUUGAACCGAAGGUGUUUCUCUCUCCGUUUUUGGAGGUGAUACGCACGGCAGACACUACAGGACCCUUGACUAGUCUGGCUCUCGCCUCGGUCAAUAAAUUCUUGUCAUAUGGCCUAAUUGAUCCCACUUCGCCCAAUAUAGCUGACAUUGUGGAGCGCAUCGCGGAUGCUGUGACCCAUGCUCGCUUUAUGGGCACGGAUCAAUCCUCGGACAGUGUCACGUUCAUGCGGGUUAUUGAAGUGCUGCACACAUUAAUCCGCAGCCCGGAGGGAGCUGCCGUCAGCAAUGAGUCGAUGUGCGAGGUCAUGCUGAGUUGCUUCAAGAUUUGCUUCGAGCCCAGGCUCAGUGAGCUGCUGCGACGCUCCGCAGAGCAAUCGCUCAAGGACAUGGUGCUACUGUUCUUCAUGCGCCUGCCCCAGUUUGCGGAGGAGCCCAGCGAUACCGUCUUGCAGAAGCGCUUCACCAUUGGCGAUGCUGCCAGCGGGGCUGCCCAGGAGAAGCACAAGCGUAAGACUCCAGUGAACGCCGCCGCCCCACCUCCCCCAUCGGUGCAGCGCAAGUCUUCGACGGUAGAGGAUCCUCCCCAGACCCCACAAUCCAGUCUUGCAGCACCAAAUCACCUCAAGGCUCCCAUACUGGCCACCACGCCUGCCAGCCCAGCGGGCAAUAUUUUGGACAUGCAGGGCAAGAUCACGCAGACGCCAACAACAGCAGUCGUGAGUUCGGGAGUCGAGGAGAAUGCCGCAGCGGAUGUACCUACCAUUCAAGUUGAGAGUGCCGCCGAAACGGAGCUCGUAGAGGGGGGAGAGGAAAAGAACACCUUGGCUGGCGCCAACAGCAGCGAGUACAUCAACUCGGUGGGUGUUCGCUUCACUCAGCAAUCGUCUGACAAGGAUGGAGCACUCAUCCUAUCGCCCUACGGUCUGCCGUUCAUCCAAGAGCUUUUCCGAUUCCUCAUCAUCCUGUGCAAUCCGCUGGACAAGCAGAACUCGGACAGCAUGAUGCAUACGGGCUUGAGCUUGCUCACUGUGGCCUUCGAAGUGGCUGCCGAUAAUAUUGGCAAAUAUGAGGGUUUGCUGGAGCUGGUCAAGGAUGAUUUGUGCAGAAAUUUGAUAUCUCUCCUGACCUCGGAGCGCUUGAGUAUCUUCGCUGCCGAUCUGCAGCUCUGCUUCCUGCUUUUCGAGUCGUUGCGCGGUCACUUGAAGCUCCAGCUAGAAGGCUACCUAAAGAAGCUGAGCGAGAUUAUAGCCAGCGACAAUCCCAAGACUCCCUACGAGAUGCGUGAACUGGCCCUGGACAAUCUGCUGCAGUUGUGGCGCAUUCCCGGCUUUGUGACCGAGCUGUACGUCAACUACGACUGCGAUCUGUACUGCACGGACAUGUUCGAGAGUUUGACCAACUUGCUGAGCAAGUACACCCUGUCGGCCACCAAUGCGGUAUACAGCACUCACAUCAUCUCCAUGGACACACUCAUCAGUGUCAUCGACAGCAUUGAGCGGAACUGUGCGGCAGCCAAGAAUAGCCAUAGCAGAGAAGCUGUGACAGAGGCCGGUGCGGCAGCCGGUGGAAGUCGCCAUUCGCGACACAACAGCGGAUUGGAGGGGAUUGUCAUCGAUGGGGGUAGCGGAUCUUCAGCCGUGGAUGAGCAGGGCCGUGUAGAGAACAUUUCCAAAUUCAUAAACAGCAGCACGCAGAGACUGCGACUGCAGUCGCAGUCUGGCGGAAUAACCAGCGAAAAACUGGCCAACGUUAAGCAGAAGAAACGCUUGCUUUCCCAGGGCACCGAGCGGUUCAAUCAACGGCCGGACAAGGGUAUCCAGUAUCUGCAGGAGCACGGCAUACUCAAUGCUCAACUCGAUCCCAUGCAAGUGGCGCUAUUCCUGCGCGAGAAUCCUGGCCUCGACAAGAAGAUGAUUGGCGAAUACAUUUCCAAGAAGAAGAAUGUCGAUUCAAAGAUUCUGAUCAACUUUGUGGACUCCUUUGACUUCACGGGUCUCCGUGUGGAUCAGGCACUGCGUCUGUAUCUGGAGACAUUCCGUUUGCCUGGCGAGGCUCCAUUGAUCUUCCUGGUGUUGGAACACUUCUCCGAUCACUGGCAUACACAAAAUCUGGAGCCGUUUGCAAACACUGAUGCCGCAUUCCGCUUGGCCUAUGCCAUCAUCAUGCUCAACAUGGACCAGCAUAACUCCAAUGCAAAGCGCCUCAAUGUUCCAAUGACUCUGGAAGAUUUCACCAAGAACUUGCGUGGCCUGAAUGGUGGCAAUGACUUUGAUCCGGAGAUGCUGGCUCAGGUCUUCAAUGCCAUUAAAAACGAAGAGAUCGUAAUGCCAGCAGAACAAACCGGCUUGGUGCGUGAGAACUAUCAGUGGAAAGUGCUGCUUCGUCGUGGGGACACCCACGAUGGCCAUUUCCAUUAUGUUCAUGAUGCGUCCUACGAUGUGGAGAUAUUCAAUAUUGUGUGGGGAGCUUCUUUGAGCGCCCUAAGUUUCAUGUUUGACAAGAGCACUGAAACUGGCUACCAGAGAACGCUGGCGGGCUUUAGCAAGUCGGCAGCUAUAUCAGCGCAUUACAAUCUGCAUGCAGACUUUGAUGCCCUCGUGCUGACGUUGUGCAAGUUCACAACGCUGUUGAGCAGCGUGGAGCAACAUGAGCCGGCACCGGCGCUAAAUGAGAUUCAACAGGCGGUGAACUUUGGAUUGAAUGCCAAGGCGCAGGCAGCCAUGAGGACGGUAUUCCUGUUAGUUCAUGAUUACGGCGAUUGUUUGAGGGAGAGCUGGAAGCACAUCCUCGACAUGUUUCUGCAUCUCUUUCGCCUGAAGCUGCUGCCCAAAUCCCUGAUCGAGGUGGAGGACUUUUGCGAGGCAAACGGCAAGGCUAUGCUGAUAUUGGAGAAGCCGCGGGAGAAGCAGGAAUCGGGUCUCUUCUCUAGUCUGUACUCGUUCAUCAGCUCAGAGGGUCAGCGGGAGCCCACCUACGAGGAGCAGGACUUUAUUAAGCAUGGCCGCAAGUGCAUCAAGGAAUGCCAGCUCGAUCAAAUGCUGCAGGAGUCGAAAUUCGUGCAACUGGAGUCCCUCCAAGAGCUGCUCAAAUGUGUGCUGGCUCUGCUGAAGGCUCCCCAGGGACACAAGUCCAUUGGACUGCCCUAUGCAGAAGAUCAAACCGUCUUCUGGAUGGAAUUUCUCGUCAAGAUCGUGGUGCACAAUCGCGAUCGCAUGAUUCCCCUGUGGCCAGCGGUGCGGGACCAAAUGUAUCUGCUGCUAAUGGGCAGCGCCUCGUGUGGCUACGACUAUCUUCUCAAUCGCUGCAUUGUGGCAGUCCUCAAGUUGGCCAUCUACCUUAUGCGCAACGAGGAACUGUGCCCCAUUGUUCUGCAAUCUCUCAAGAUGCUGCUGAUGCUGAAGCCAGCCCUCUUGCUACGCAUAUCCAAGCAGAUUUCUAUUGGCAUUUACGAGCUGCUAAAGACAUCUGCCCAGAACAUUCACUCUGAGCAGGACUGGCAGAUCAUCUUCAAUCUGCUGGAGUGUGUGGGUGCUGGUGCUGUCCCUCCCAACUACGAGGAUACCCAGCUGCCGCUGCCACCCAAUGGAGGCGCCAAAUCAGAUGGCGCCUUGAGUGGGGAGGAGGAUGCCUCUGCGCCCCCGGAGCGUGGCUACACAUCAGACUCAGAGCUCUCCAAAGUAGCGGCACAGCCCACUGCCCCCAGCCCAAGUGCUGAGAACUGGAUAUUGGUCAACAACAAAGACAGUGAACUGACCACAGCCUCCAGACCCCAAUCGCCGCCCAGUUCCACCACGGCUGCUUCAGCUUCUUCAAGUAGCCUCGUCUACAAUUGCCAGCUUCUGGACCAUGCGCCAUUUGCCCUGUUCAAGUGUUGGGAUUCGCUGGCCUUCAUUGUGAGGAGUGUGGCCCACAUCACGCCCUAUAACUUUGAGGCCUGCGUUCGGUGUAUUCGCAUCUUUGUGGAGGCCUGUCGGGAUGGAGGCAUUCGUCAGCGACGCAAGUUGGAGGCAGCUGGAAAGCAAAGGAGUGCUAAAAAGCGAAGCGAUCGUAAGCCAGGUGUGGCCUCCUCCGCCUCGAGCAGCAAUCUGAGUCUGCUGACAGGCGAUGCUGCCGACAAUCUGCCCGUGAAUACGGCCGAGCAGGAGGACCUGGCCCAGCGCUACGAGCAGUUGUCCAUUCAAUUGCUGGACCUGAUGUACACUCUGUAUACGCGAACGGCGCAGAUCUUCCGGUGGUGGGCGGAGGAAGGUUGCACGGUUCCACAGUCGGCGGCCUUGUGGACACCCGGAUGGUGUCCUCUUCUGCAGGGCAUAGCCAGAUUGGCCAUGGAUCGGCGGCGUGAAGUGCGCACCCAUGCCAUAUCGUGUCUUCAGCAAAGAGCUCUGCUAGUGCACGAUCUGCAGACUCUGUCUGGAGCGGAGUGGUGCUCCUGCUUCGUUCAGGUAUUGUUCCCGCUUCUGAACGAGCUGUUGCCAGAGAGCAGCGCCUCUGGGCAACUGGAUGCAGCGCUCCUGGAGGAGUCACGCAUUCGCACCGCCACCAUUAUGUCCAAGGUAUUCCUGCAGCAUCUCACCACUCUCAUUGAGCUAGGGGCCGCUUUCAACGAGCUUUGGCUGGACAUACUGGACUACAUAGAGCGAUUCAUGAAGGUCGGAUCGGACACCUUGUCGGAGCAGAUGCAGGAGAUACUGAAGAACAUGCUGCUGGUUAUGCAUUCGGUCCGUGUGUUCCACAACCAAGACGGCAGCCUGCAUCAGGCGCUCUGGGAGCUCACCUGGCGACGGAUCGGUGAAUUUUUGCCCAAUCUCAAGGAGGAGCUCUUCCGUGACGAAGGCAAACGCCCCCACACACUGACUAACACUCCAUCUGCUGUUGCACCAUCUGGUGAUUCCAAUACGCAGCACGAGGUGCCUCCAUUGGCUCCACCAAUCUUGCCCAACCAGCAUUUGCAACAACAGCCCACCCAACUCCAGCCACAGCUUCAAGCAGCUGCUGAGAUGAUUGUCUGCGCGGCCACCGCAUCCCCAGUAGAAUCGCCCAGGCGGAGCAUUAUUUUGCAGCCUCCCAUGGUCGAUGCUCUGCAGCAGGCGCCCAGUUUCGUAUUUGCUCAGCCGCUGAUAUUGGCUCCCCAGCAGCCGCUUACUGUGGAUACUCAGCCCAUCCCAAUUUUGCCGGAUCUUGUGAAUGAGGCUGCUGCUGCAGCGGCGCACAACCCCCAGGAGCCGAUCGAGCCAACCCACGCCGCUCCAAUGCCGAUUGUGCAGCAGUUAAACAUCACCUCCAACAAUACGUAUAAUAGUUAUGCCAUUGAGUUGCCCGCAACUCCAUCGGAAGCACUUGCAGAUCAGUCCAAGCAACAGGAGUUGCUCUACCAGCAAUACUAUCAGCAAUAUCAGGCGCAUCAGCCAGCUCAGUCCAGCGAUCCCGCCAUUAAUGUGCCAAUCAGUCACCUGCUGGCCGGCAACGCGUAUCCCUCGCUACCUAAGAUGCCGCAGUCGUCGAUUGUUCAUAGCUUUGCCCCUGUUUACGAGGCUCCGCCAUUAGCUGGCGGCAGCGGUGGUGGUCCGGCUGCGGAUAUUUAUCAGGAAUAUGUGCAGAAUCCCUAUAACCUAACGCUUCAGCAGAAUUCCCAACAGCAGCAACAGCCCGGCCAAGGCAUGGCCGUUCCCUUUCCCGCUGUGGCGUCACCAGCCAACUAUUUUAACGCCAGCGUUGAUCCCAGCAGCAUACCGCCAGGAUCGGAGCUGCUCUAUGGCCAGCAGUAAACUGAGUUUGAAAUCCGAUUGCAAGGCCCUUAGGCACUAUUUUUGUUUGUCUUGUGUUGUAGUGGAAAGAAAACUUCCGAGUAAUACUAAAAGAUUGUGUCAAUUUGUUUAUUGUUAUGCCUCCACCCUCCCCCCCAACUAUAGUGAGAACACAUUCCGCCUGGGCGCGUGUUUAUUAUGCUAUCUAAAAACUAUAUAUACUAUACUAAAUCACAUCCAGAAAAUCGACAAUUGUUUAGCCGCAAUUUUUAAAAGAAAUCCCUAAAAAGCUUUAGUAAUGCAAUUAGUUUAAUUUAUCAAUAUUUAACUAAUUAUAUCUUCUGUACGAGUACGUUAUGCAAAGAGGCAACUGUAAAUAAUCAAAAUUUAAAUAUACAACAAAUUAUGCA